UAUUUUCUCAACUCUCAGACCCUUGCAGAAGCUUAUUACCCAUCUCUCUCUUUCUCUCUCUUACUAAGAGAACUAUGGAGAUAGCAAAAGCCUUCAAUCAGGCACUGAGGUUUCUUCCUAUGGCCAUGGCUUUUUGGCUUUGUUUUGCUGCUUGUACAGAGUCAAGGGUAGUUGCAAAAGAAGGAAAUAAGCAUGGGAAAGAGAUUAAUACAUGGUGCAUAGUUAAACCUUCCACUAAUGAAAUGAAGCUGAGGGACAACAUUGAUUAUAGUUGCAAACAGGUUGGGGUCGAUUGCAGCUUAAUUGCAGAAAAUGGAAUUUGUUACAAUCCUAUCAAUCUUGUUUCCCAUGCUUCAGUAGCCAUGAACCUCUACUAUAAGUCUGUUGGGAAGCACCAUUGGAACUGUUAUUUCAAUGGAACUGCUCUUAUUGUUACUCAGGACCCUUCUGUAGGUCCUUGUAUGUAUCCGGUUUAAGUAUGGAGAGAGAGAGAGUUUUAACAAAGGAACGAGAUCAAAGGAUCAAUGCCAUGUUUGGAUAUCUGUAACUGGAAUUACUUCAUAAUCCAUUUAUCCAAAG